AUGGAAGUCAACGGUGCAGCGCCUAUUGACCACCUUUAUACCUAUACAUUGCCUCCACUGUCUCUAGAUCCAGCCAUUCCUUCGCCGACCUUGGACUUCUCACGACCGUCGCAUAUGCGCUAUCACUCCCGCGACAAUUCCGAAUCCGUCCAGGUCAUUUCUUCUCUCAUCGACUCAUUGAGCGCACUCUCCGCCGAGGCCAGGCGUGAGCUGCGAGACGACUUUGAACUUGACCAGUAUACAACUAAUUCGCACCCUGCACGAAAUCAGACUCCUCCCGUCUCCACCGAACCCCCCGGUGCAGAUGAUUUGGAUCGCGACCUCCAUGACCCCCCUUUAAUCGAUGACAGCAGUGACGGAGAUGUCGCCGCAGCGCCCGUAAUCCGCUACGCGAGAAGGCCUCCUGUGCUGUCCAAAAGGUCAAGCCGGUCCAGAUUCUAUUCUUUGAAUACAUCCCAGCCUGGUCUGGCUACUCGAGAGUCACAACAGAGCCUCCGUUCCCGUGCUGAAUCUGAAAGCGUGGGGGUCCCCAGCAUUGAAAGAAGACACGGGUCCAGUGCAAGUUCCACCUUCUCAUUGAUCAGCGGCUUCAGUGUUCCGCGAAGACACCCGACCAGUGAAUCCAUACGGGAGAUGGCCACACGCCCAGUUGCUCCGAAGCAGAUCUCCUCGGACAGGCGGCGAAGAACCGAAUCCCUGUACAGUGUUGACCAAGACAAGGAAAUCCGCCAUUCUGCUCGAUCUUCAUCCAUUGACGGCCACUCUGCCACGGGAAUGCAAGCUAGUGAUAACUACGCGCCGGAAAGUCCAUCCACGGGUGCGCUAAGUCGUCUGAGUAGGGGCGAUCUUGGAAACCAUAUGAUUCCUUCUCGUCGUUCAUCCUUAAGACGAAGUGUGUCUGGACUACCCGAGAAUUCUCUGGAAAAUUACAGAUACUCCUUGCCUACAAACAAGCUCAAGGAACUCAAUAUCGAUACAGAUCUUCUUGAGAGUGAAGAUUCCACAGUGCGAAGGAUCCGAGAGCUUCAAGAAGCACGGGAAAAGCGCCAGAAAGAAUGGCGAAAUGAGGCACGAAAAUCCGAGAGGGCAGCUAAGAGACACACCAUUGCAACGGCCAAGGUGUCAAGGCGGUCUAGCCCUUAUCCGAAUUCGAGGCUGUCUGUAACUGAGGUCGUAGUCGAGACCCCAGAGGGAGAAAGUCCGCUCGAAAUGUCUGCUUGUGUUACAGCUGCAGACCUAGCAAUGAUGCCGGUCAUAGUCAAUGAUCCUCAAACCCCCUUGUCCGCAGUGGCGCCAUCGCACACCUUCCCCAACAGCGCAGUUCCAUCCCGGACAAAUAGCAUUUACGGUUCCAAUAAAAGCCCGGCGGCACAUCUCAAGCGCAACUCGACGACCAACUCGAUCAAACAAGAUUCGAGCUUGUUCGAACUCAAGACUAUAUCUGAUGAGGUUGAUGCGUUUCUGGGGGCACCGCGGCUUACGCAGAGGAUUCGGCAUCCCCGGACUGGCCGAACCAUUGCAUUUUCAGAGGUCGGAGAUCCGAAUGGAUUUGUUGUUUUGUGUUGUGUUGGCAUGGGGCUGACUCGAUAUCUGACCGCCUUCUACGACGAACUAGCACGGACUCUUCGACUACGGCUAAUUACACCAGAUAGACCUGGUGUUGGAGAAAGCUCAUCCGUGCCGGAGGCAUCCUGCACACCUUUGAAUUGGGUGGACGACGUGGCGGUGAUUUGCAGCCAGUUAGAGAUUACUCGAUUUUCGCUUCUUGCCCACUCUGCCGGAGCGAUAUAUGCUCUGGCCACGGCUCUAAAGAUGCCCCAGUACGUCCGUGGGCGAAUUCAUCUGCUUGCGCCUUGGAUACCUCCAUCACAAAUGCCUAAGGGAGCGGCUUUAGGGCCUGACUCUCAACCAAUCGCAAACCUCCCUUUGUCCCACAAGAUUUUGAGCGUGCUCCCGGCACAAAUCCUUCGGGUUGCCAAUUCCCGUUUCUUGACAGCAACCAGUGCCUCUGUCGAUGCAAAACCUCUGAAGAAGAAGAACAAAAAUCUCGAAACCUUCGAUACUUCCAUGGACUAUUCGUUCCAGGAUUUGAACGAGGACAGCCUUUUUGAGAAUACUAUGGCCGACAUCGACAAGGAAAAUAUCCCAACGGGAAGUGCGGGCAGAUCCCGAGGGAUGUCGUGUUAUCAAGCCAACACUGAGGCUCUGAAGCAACAAUCAAAUGGAAUCAAACUACCAGGCACUGACUCAAGGCGUCAAACACAAUACUCGGUCAAAUCAGCGAUGCCAGCAUCGCGGCCAGUGUCUCCUCGAUUGACAGUGGAGGCCCGACACGCACUAUACAAUAAAACGCUUACGCACCGAAUCUGGGCACUGGCUACACAGAAUGCCAACCCGGCAACUGACUUGGUGGUCUGUUUGGAACGGCGUAAAACCAUAGGGUUUCGAUACCCUGAGGUUACUCGUUCCGUGGUAAUCCAUCAUGGGGCAAAAGAUACUCGAGUGCCGCUCGACAACGUGCGGUGGCUGCACAGCGUGAUGAAACGUUGUGAGCUGAGAGUGUUGGACAAUGAGGGACAUGGACUGAUGGCGUCCGCAUCGGCCAUGUCAGCCGUUCUUGGCGAGAUCGCCAAAGAAUGGGAGGAGUGGGAGAAGAUAGCAUUGGGAAAGGAGAAGAGAAAGAAGGAAGAUGUAGGCUCGACACAUUCAAGGGGAAGGUGA